AUGAUAGCUUUUCACAUUGCCCUCUAUGCCAUCCUGGCCACAUCCUUGGUCUUUGCUAUCAUUGAGCUUGGCCUAUGUGCUUACGUCGCUAGCGUAUGGGGUGGCACUCGUGAGGAGCUCUACUAUGAUUCUUACGGUGACUUGGAGUACGGUGACGUGAAUAUCAGUAUACCUGGAAUUCUAGCGUUUCUCAUCUUCACUUCCUGUUGGACCAUGCUGGUCACCCCUGGCGGAGUGCUGCUGUCAUGGUUCUAUACUAGGAAGGGCGCUACCGGAAAGAUCAGCACCAUCUUGGGCGUCGUAUUUUCUGUCGUCUACUUUAUAACCAUGGUCUUUUGGCUCGCUUGCUUUGCUGAUAUCGCGUCCGACCUUGACGGGUAUACCAGCCAUAAUGACUACUUGAAUGCCGUCAUCGCCUUUGCGGUCCUCCUCUGGCUCCUCUUCCUUGCCCUCUUUAUCCUCUCAGUGUUGUCGCUCUGUGGUGUCCUGGUGUCGGACUGGGUGGGUUAUCAGUCGAUGCGCAAGCAGGGUGACAGGGCGACCGAGCCCGCCCCCGCUGCCACCGAGGUGCCGAUGAGUACAAACCCCGUUGCUUCUCCGUCAGAGUUGUCUACUCGGGAUGCUGAGACUCUGCAUGACCAGCCGAACAAUCACUCCCAUAGUGUCUCGUCGCCCUCGGCCAUGGCGAGCGUUGAGCUCAGCGCCGACACCAUUCACGAUCACCAAGCAAGUCAUGCGUGA